AUGGCUCCCACAGUUGAACAGGUCAGCGAGGUGUUCAACACGAUUCUCGUGUUGGACUUUGGCUCGCAGUACUCGCACUUGAUCAUCAGACGUCUAAGAGAGUUCAACGUUUACGCCGAGAUGCUGCCGUGCACCCAGAAGAUCAGCGAGCUGCCUUUCAAGCCUGUUGGUGUGAUUUUGUCUGGCGGUCCGUUUUCCGUGUACGAGGACGGCGCGCCGCACGUCGACCACGAUGUGUUUAAGCUGAACGUGCCUAUUUUGGGCAUUUGCUACGGAAUGCAGGAGCUGGCCUGGAUCAACGGCAAGGGCGUGGGUCGCGGCGAGAAGAGAGAGUACGGCCCAGCCACCUUGACCGUGGUGGACCCCACAUGUCCGCUGUUUGAGGGAGUGGACCACUCGCAGGUGUGGAUGUCGCACCACGACAAGUUGCAGUCGCUUCCGACCGGGUUCAAGACGGUGGCUACGUCCGGCAACUCUCCGUUUGCGGGCGUCGCGCACGAGGAAAAGCCGAUUUUCGGUAUCCAGUUCCAUCCUGAGGUGACACACUCUCUGCAGGGCAAGACGCUGCUCAAGAACUUUGCCGUCAAGAUCUGCAAGGCGUCGCAGAACUGGACGAUGGCCAACUUCAUCGAGACGGAGAUCAAGCGCAUCCGGACGCUGGUUGGCCCUUCGGCCGAGGUCAUUGGCGCUGUUUCCGGCGGUGUGGACUCGACUGUCGGCGCCAAGAUCAUGAAGGAGGCCAUUGGCGACAGAUUCCACGCCAUUUACGUCGACAACGGGCUUAUGAGAAAAAACGAGACGGUCCAGGUGAAAAAGACGCUGGACGAGGGGCUGGGCAUCAACCUGACCGUCGUCGACGCGUCGGAGCAGUUCCUCGACAACCUCAAGGGCGUCACCGACCCGGAGAAGAAGAGAAAGAUCAUCGGAAACACCUUCAUCCACGUCUUUGAGAAAGUGGCCUCCGAAAUCAAGCCUAAAGACGGCUCCCAGAUCGAGUAUCUGCUACAGGGAACGCUCUAUCCCGACGUGAUCGAGUCGAUCUCGUUCAAAGGCCCUUCGCAGACCAUCAAGACCCACCACAACGUGGGCGGCCUGCUGGAAGACAUGAAACUCAAGCUGAUCGAGCCGCUCAGAGAGUUGUUCAAAGAUGAGGUCAGAGACCUGGGCAAGCUCAUGGGCAUCCCAGAAGACCUCGUCUGGAGACACCCGUUCCCGGGCCCGGGUCUCGGCAUUAGAGUGCUGGGCGAGGUGACGCCGGAGCAGGUGAAAAUCGCUAGAGAGGCCGACUACAUCUUCAUUGAGGAGAUCAGAAAGGCCGGGCUAUACAGAAACAUCUCGCAGGCGUUUGCGGCGCUGCUGCCGGUGAAGUCGGUCGGCGUGAUGGGCGACCAGAGAACGUACGAGCAGGUGAUUGCGCUGCGGGCCAUCGAGACGACCGACUUCAUGACGGCCGACUGGUACGUGUUCGACGCCAAGUUCCUGAAAAACGUCGCGUCGAGAAUCGUGAACGAGGUCGACGGCGUCGCCAGAGUCACGUACGACAUCACCUCCAAGCCGCCCGCCACGGUCGAGUGGGAGUAA